AGAAAAAUAAAAUCGCACCGCCCAAAAAAGAAAAAAAGAAAAAAGAAAUAUCUAAAUCGCCGCUGUUACUUCCAUCCGGCGGAACCCGUUCAGCUCGCUCUUCAAGACCCCAGGUCGCCUCGAGAUUUCGCUCUCCGCGUCGGAAUAUGGGAGCUCCACGGCUUAUUUAAUAGAUCUAUCACUUUUAUUUUCUCGAUUUUUCGGAAUUUUGCUUGGAUUUCUAGGGAUUUUGUUCGGUUUUGGUAUUGGUCAUUUAUGGAAUUUUGGUUUCAAUUUUGACCGAGGAGCAUUCGGAACACUGCGAUCUGAGCUUGAAUUGACGAUACUGGUUGUACGAGGCAAAGUUCCGGGUGUUUUUUUGGGUUUAAGGCUUUGGAUCGGCGGUUAGGGUUUUGAUUGUGGGCGUUGCGUGAUUCUGGGCUGAGAUUAGCUAAUUUUGGAUUAGGUUUAGGGUUCUGGGGGAUAGAGAUAUGGUUGGAUCGGAUAGUUUGAGCUCAUUGCCUUCUCUGUCGCCUCCGACGGCAGAGAAAAAGCAGCCGCCAAAGCAGUGGGGAGUGACCAAGCCCCUGUCGCUAGCUGGGCCGAUUGAUGCCGAUAUUCAGAGGAACAAGGAGUUGGAGAAGUUUUUGGUUGAGUCGGGGCUUUACGAGAGUGCGGAAGAAUCUGCCAAAAGGGAAGCAGUUCUUGCGCUACUUAAGCAGAUUGUGAAAGAUUGGGUGAAAGAGCUUACUCGGUUGAGGGGAUACACCGAUCAAAUGGUUGAAGAUGCCAAUGCUGUUAUUUUUACUUUUGGUUCUUAUAGACUUGGUGUCCAUGGCCCUGGUGCAGACAUUGAUACUUUGUGUAUUGGACCAUCCUAUGUUAACCGGGAGGAAGACUUCUUUUUUGUACUUCAUGACAUUUUGGCUAAGAUGGAAGAAGUUUCUGAACUUCAUCCAGUACCCGAUGCUCAUGUCCCUGUUAUGAAAUUCAAGCUUGAUGGAAUAUCAAUUGAUCUUUUGUAUGCAAGUAUUUCACUCUUGGUCAUUCCAGAUGAUUUGGACAUCUCAAACAUCUCUGUGCUGUAUGACAUAGACGAACCAACUGUUCGUAGUCUUAAUGGAUGCCGGGUAGCUGAUCAAAUUCUCAAACUUGUUCCAAAUGUCAAGAACUUCCGGAUCACUCUGAAAUGCCUAAAGUUCUGGGCUAAGAGACGUGGUGUUUAUUCAAAUGUGAUGGGUUUUCUUGGUGGUGUGAACUGGGCAAUUCUCGUUGCUCGGUUAUGCCAAUUUUAUCCAAAAGCAAAUCCUAGCAUGCUUGUUUCUCGUUUCUUCAGAGUGUAUACGUUGUGGCGCUGGCCAAAUCCUGUGAUGCUUAGUGAAAUUGAGGAUAAUGAACUUGGGUUUUCUGUGUGGGAUCCUCGUAAGAAUCCUUGGGAUCGAAAUCAUCUCAUGCCAAUCAUAACCCCUGCCUACCCAUGCAUGAACUCCAGUUACAAUGUUUCAUCCAGUACUCUUCGGGUUAUGGCAGAACAGUUUCAGUUUGCCAAAGAGAUCUGUGAGGAUAUUGAGCUGAAUAAGCUGCAGUGGAAUGCUUUAUUUGAACAUUAUUUAUUCUUUGAGAGCUAUAAAAAUUAUCUACAGGUCGACAUCAUUGCUUCUGAUCUUGAUGACUUGCGUUCUUGGAGAGGCUGGGUUGAAUCCCGUCUGAGACAGCUAACUUUGAUGAUAGAGCGGGAUACGACUGGGAAGUUACAGUGUCAUCCUUACCCGCAUGAUUAUGUUGAUUCCUCAAAGCAGUGUGCUCAUUGUGUCUUUUUCAUGGGCUUACAAAGGAAGCAAGGGGAGGUUAUUCAGGAAGGCCAACAGUUUGACAUCCGUAAGACUGUUGAUGAAUUUAGACAUCAAAUAAACUCAUACGGGUACUGGAAGCCUGGGAUGGAUAUAUAUGUUUCUCAUGUUCGUAGAAAGCAAAUUCCUUCUUAUGUGUUUCCAGAGGGCUACAAACGAAGUCGACAUACGAGAUCAUUGAGUCAGCAACAAGUUGAAAAGAAUUCUAGUGAAGGUAACGAGGGCUGCAGACCAGAAUCUGCUGAGAGGAUCCCAAAACGAAAGAAGGGCUGUGAUGGAUCAGAGGUGGACGGAAGUCCUGAGAAAAGACCCUCCAUUAGUCCUCAGAGGCAGGUUUCAGUCUCGCCGGAAUUUAUUUGUUCGAGAGAUUCAUUGAGUGGCAGUUGCUCUCCACUGUUCGAAACAACAAAGGAGAAGCCAUCGGUGAUGGUAGAAUCUCUCCUUGUGAAUGAAAUUGCCAAAGAAGUAGUUCCUGUUGUUACAGAGGAUGUGCAAACCAGAUCUAAUGGAAAUGACUUGCAGUUUGAUGAUUGUGAUAAAGAGAUGAAUCCAAACCCAAUACAGAUGCAGUCAAACCAGGGGAUGCAUUGUACAGAAUUUUCUGAUGCUAGCUACAUCCCAAGUUCUGGCUCUAGUAAAUAUUCGGUGGAUAGAUCGAGCGAAGAUAAUGCGCAGCUGCUUAUGGAUAAUGGAUGUGAGAAUGGUGCUUCUAUUCUUGGGGAUGGACUACUGGAGAAGUUAGAGCCUAACGAAGCGCUUGCAAUGGUUCUCAAAUCUGGAGAGGGAGUUGGGUCCGAACCUGUUGAGAAGAACGUUGUGAGGCAUGUUUAUCACAAUUUGAAAACAACAGGCUGAGUCUCACUUCAUCUGCCUGAAUGUGACGAAGAUAGGAAGAAAGUCUCACUUCACCACCAAUGAAGAAGAUAUGUACCUACCUGGACGCGUGUUACAUGACUGAAAGCCAGCAACUCGGGUAAGUACCGUAUUCAUGCUGGCUUUCAUAUGUUUCUUAAUCUUCCAGGGUGAAAUCUUGAGAGGAAAAACCGAGUAGCGUCAAUUCAAGGAAACCCUGUAGACAUUUUUACAUUCUGUGUAUAGUUUUCGGACUAAGGGUUCCAUGGUGCAAAAGUAAUGCCGUUUCUCGUCCCGAAAGAGAUAUAAUCCUAUACUGAUUUCGUUAACUAUGCGAAGCUUUGUAUUGCGUGGUUGUUGAAGGUUGUGAUGUAUAAUGAUACCGUUAAUGAGAGCGUUUGUUUGUAUUGUCUAGGGGAUUUUUUUACAAGGGUAGUCGGGUGGAGCAUUUCAUUGCUAGUCGAUGAGGAUUUCGCCUCUGUUUUCUUGUAAUCAAAAUCUUCUAGACUUGAAUCUGUAUAUCGCUAACAUAUGAAGACAUGUUUCUUUAUCUUCUACACACAUCAUUUUACCCAUCAA